GUCGGUGUUAAAUGAGACUCCCCUGCGGAGACCCGCGUCGGUGCGGGUGCUCGAGGGCCGCGCCGUCACACAGACCACCCACAGACAGAGCGCGGCGAGGGGCCCCGGCCGGCCGGGGCGGAGAGCUGGGAGAGCGGGGCGCCAGACACCAGACGCCAUUUCUCUCAGCGGCUCCCUUCACUCGCACACACACACACAGCGCUGGCGGACAAGAAAGAGGCCGAACCGGUGACGGAGGAGAGAGACGGCGGCGCCGCCCGCGGGAUGAUGGUCCCGCCGACGCAGUUUGCAUGAGCCCGUCCGCGGAGCCUCCCAGCAUGCAGGCGUCCCCCCCGCCCGCCGCCACCUCACCAUGAACGGCAGCGGGAAUGCGUCGGCGCUUGGGAACGUGACCGCGGGUCGCGGCGGAGGCGCCGCCGUGCUCGAGUGCGUCUCCAUCGUGGCCAUCACCCUGCUGGCGUGCCUGGGCAACCUGCUCAUCGUGGUCACCCUGUACCGGAAGCCCUACCUGCUGACGCCCAGCAACAAGUUCGUGUUCAGCCUGACGCUGUCGAACCUGCUGCUCUCGGCGCUCGUGCUGCCCUUCGUGGCGGUGAGCUCGGCGCGGCACGACUGGAUCUUCGGCGUUGUCUGGUGCAACUUCAGCGCGCUGCUCUACCUGCUCGUCGGCUCGGCCAGCAUGCUCACGCUGGGGGCCAUCGCCAUUGACAGGUACUACGCCGUGCUCUACCCCAUGAUGUACCCCAUGAAGAUCACAGGCAACCGCGCCGUGCUCGCCAUCACCUAUGUGUGGCUGCACUCCCUGGCCGGCUGUCUGCCGCCGCUCUUCGGCUGGUCGGCCUUCGAGUUCGACCGCUCCAAGCGCACGUGCACGGCGGCGUGGCACCGCGAGGUCGGCUACACGGCCUUCUGGGUGGCGUGGUGUGGCCUGCUGCCGUUCGCGGCCAUGCUGGUGUGCUACGGCGUCAUUUUUCGCGUGGCUCGCGUUAAGGCACGCAAGGUGCACUGCGGGACCGUGGUGGCGGCCCAGGAAGAGGGUUCGGCGCCGAAGGACGGCCGCAAGAUUUCCAACGCGUCCACUUCGUCGUGCGGCAGCCGCCGCGGCCCCGUGUACUCGGGCAACCAGUGCAAAGCCCUGGUCACCAUCCUGGUGGUGAUCGGCACCUUUGUGGCCACCUGGGGACCCUACUUGGUGGUGAUCAGCACGGAGGCCCUGUGGGGGAAGGGCAGCAUCUCCCCUGGAACGGAGAUCCUGGUGACGUGGCUGUCCUUCGCCAGCGCCAUCUGUCAUCCCCUCAUCUACGGACUCUGGAAUAAGACUGUGCGCAAGGAGCUACUGGGCAUGUGCUUCGGGGACCGCUACUACCGCGAGUCCUUCGUGACCCGCCACCGGAACUCGCGGCUCUUCAGCAUCUCGAACCGCAUCACGGACCUCGGGAUGUCCCCACACCUGACGGCCAUGCUAGCCGGCGGGGGUCAUCUCCUUGGACGUGGGAGCAGCACGGGGGACACAGGCUUCAGCUUCUCUCAGGACUCAGGUACGGACAUCCUGUUGCUGGACAACUUCUCCUCGGACUGCUCCUCGGUCGGGCAGCACGCAGCCCAGUCCGGCAGGAGGAGGAGCUCGGUGACCUUUGAGGACCAGCUGGAGGUGCAUUCCAAAGUGCACUGCAGCUCCUCCACCGUCCAGAUCAAGGCCGAGAUCCACAAAUCCCUGGACAGCUACGCUUCCUGCCUGGCUCGGGCCAUCGAGAGCGAUGUUAAGCUGCAGCUCUUUGGGGGGGCCACAACGCUCCCCACUGCCAUGCUGUUGGCGCGGGCCCCAACACGGGGCCCGCGCUACCCGGACGGCCAGAGGCUGAGACUGGAGAGCAUCGAUGAAGGAAUCGUGAACGACGACAGGGAUGCGGACGAGGAAAUCGAAGAGAUCUGCGUAUAGCUUCACGUAACUGCAGAUACAUCCGUGAUGCUUUUAGCGCCUUCCAUCCGCAGGUGGCGUAGGGUGCUACGAACAUUGUGUAAUGUUAAAGAAGGCAGAAGUGAGCUGUGGAGAAUCUUGCUGUGAUAGACCACAGUGUCAUGCUGUUACCUGUCCGCCUGGACUGCUCCUUCCCACCUGUGGGAACAGACCACACCCAGAGGGGACGUGUCCUUUGGGAUGUUAGCUACACCAGGACACCUGUGUGUAUGGCAAAUCAGGGCUCAUCCUAAUUCGCCCAAUCCUCACUCAGUGAUCAUGUCCAGGGUGAAUGCUGGGUCCCCUAACUGUAUCCUUCAAAGCAUUUACCCCAUUCUGACCUCUGGUGCAGCAAAAAGGAUGCUGCAUUGUGUUGUGGAGAUAGUGAUGGAGUACUACGCUACAGUAGUACCGCUUUUAUACAUAUCACUGUAAAAAAAAAAAAGUGCCACUUUGUGGUGUGUAGAAGAGUGUGACCUGACUUCCUCUAGUGUACUACAGGGGAAACUUUUUUUUUUUUUACUUUCAUAAAGGUUUAGUUUCUGUGGUACUGUGUGUUUAAUUUGCAAGCUUUUAAAGGAUGCGCUGUAUUUUUUAUGUUCACUAAAUAGUUUGUUUGCAGAUACUGUUGCUUCACUGUGUAAAAGCAGUUAUGAGAGUGCUGGUUAUGUAUUAGAUGCUCAAUGUUUUCUGUUCACAUGAUGUCUGUUUUACUUCAGAAUUUAAUCUCGCAUAGAAGGCCUUCAUAUUUACAAUUUUAAGAAAUACAGUCCAUCCUUGCUGUUUUGGACUGUUUGGUGGAAGGUCUGAGACAGCCACUUACCAAAAUAAAUCAUAUUGGUGCAGUUUUGAUAAAGGCCUCUGAACCUAUACUACAAUAGAGAAAAAUUACUGUUUGCAAUUAUUGAGUAUUUAAACAGUUAAGACACAUUGAUUUAAAAUGGAGCUACAGAAAAGGCUGAGGUCAACUAUAGUUGCAACUUGUACCGACUCAUGACAAAUUUGAUUUCAAACACUCUUUUCAAUGUGUUUAGUGCAUAAAUAAGCCACCAAUAGCUCUUUACAGCCACUGAAUCACUUUGACUGGUAAAUGCAGAUACUUUUUUUCCCCCUCUAUUUUUGGACAAAGAAAUAUUCAUCUAUAUAAAAAUGAUUACACCUUUGGACUUGUCUGAAUUACUUUAGAGUGGGUGUAGGAACAGUUAAGUCAAUCAGUUCAAGCGCCCAUCUGCUAAAUGAAUAAAUGGAAGAUGGCCCCCCAAAGCAAAUCCGGGAGCACUUUACAAAGUAGAAGAAACUCCUCGAGUGGCCUAAUCAAAGCUGACAAAUCUCCUAGGAACCCAAGAUUGUUGUACACUGUUGCUCUCCGCAUAACCUGCAAGUGGAAGUAAUUUUACAAGGAGAAGUGGGCAAACAACACAUUAUGCAAGUGUAGUAACUAUUACAAUA